AUGAACAUGCGGGUUUGCUUUGGGAAAUGCAGAGUAUCGACACAGGUUCGACUCCUGAUCGUCAUCGCCGUUUCCUUUUCAUUUGUGAUGGGAGAAUUUGGCGUGGGGUUCAAAACGCGGUCUCUCUCGCUCGUUGCCGACGCAUUCCAUUACACGGCGGAUAUCUUUUCCUUCAUGGUGGCAUUUCUCGCUGAAAAGUACUCGAGACGUCCAGAUGAAAACAACAAACGAGGUUACGCCAGGCUCCCUACCCUCGCAGCGUUCUUCAAUAGCGUCGUCUUGGUCGCUAUUGGAUUGGGCAUAUUUCUGCAGGGUAUCGAGAGGUUCAUCCAUCUGCAAGCCAUAUCGAGCCCGCUACUUGUCUUUGUAAUGGGAUGGGCCGGACUUUUCCUCAACAUUAUUUGCAUCCUUAUCAUGGGACCACACGGACAUCACCACCACCACGGCCACGGCCACGGCCACGGUCACGAUCACCCCGUAGCCGGCGGACAGUCCUCGGCCGACGCAGACCCAAACAGACUCGAACCAGCCCCCGGCGGAACCCAGAACGCCCGGACAACCGGCACCAGCCUCUCGAUCAAGGCGGUCGUCCUGCACAUCGGCGCCGACGCGCUGAACAACGUCGCCGUGAUCAUCUCAGCGGCCAUCGUGUGGCGCAUCCCGUCGCGACACGAGGAGAUAGAUCCGGCGGACACGCGUGAGGCUAAGUUCUACGCCGACCCGGCGUGUACGGUGUUCAUCGCUAUUCUCAUCAUGGGCACGACGUGGCCGUUGGUGGUGCGGUCGGGGAAGGCGUUGCUGCGUCUGCCAGAGUCUGGUUCGGUGUCCAUACCUUUGGAUGAGAGGGCGAGUCGGACGGCAUCGAAGUGA